GGGCGCGGUCUCUCCCUAGCUCCCGCCCCCGGCGCGUCUCCAGCGGGCGCAGAGCUCGGCAAGGAGCUGGGACGGCGGGGCUCUGCUUGCCAUGGCCCCGGGCCUGCGGGGCCUCCCGCGGCGCGGCCUCUGGCUGCUGCUGGCUCCUCAUCUCUUCAUGGUCACUGCCUGCCGGGACCCUGACUAUGGUACUAUCAUCCAGGAGCUGUGCCUCAGCCGCUUCAAGGAGGACAUGGAGACCAUCGGAAAGACUCUAUGGUGUGACUGGGGAAAGACCAUAGGGAGCUAUGGGGAGCUUGCUUACUGCACCAGGCACGUAGCGAACAAGAUUGGUUGUUUCUGGCCCAACCCGGAAGUGGACAGAUUCUUCAUCGCUGUCCACCAUCGCUACUUCAGCAAGUGCCCCAUCUCUGGCAGGGCCCUGCGAGACCCUCCCAACAGCAUUCUGUGCCCUUUCAUUGCUCUCCCCAUUACGGUCACGCUGCUCAUGACUGCACUGGUGGUCUGGAGGAGCAAGCGCACAGAGGGCAUCGUGUAGGUAUCCCAGGUGAUGGGGGAUGGGGAACCAUGGGCCCGGCCCAGCAGCAGCAUCAGGGGCAGGCCCCACAUUGCAUCCUGCUCUAGCCUAGUUAGCACAGGACUUGAGAGUGGCUCUGCAUUAAGCUGAACAUGCUCUAGCCAGAGGCUUUUAGCAGGGGAGCAGGGGCCUGCCUCUGUUUACCUCUGAGAGAGUUCUAAGCACCAGGUCUCUGAUAUACACUUCAUCACCACUGUGGGCAUUCUGAUCUCCGAGGAAGACUGCACAGAUGUGUUUGUGGAUGCAGAGUUUUUGAUUAAAAGAGUAUUCUUAAACUUGGGAAGUGUUCUAAAUUCUGGGUACAAAUAACCUAUAUAGGGAA